CUCCAACACAAACCAAUCUACUAGCAAACAGAUUUCCAACUUGUCCACUCCAACAAAGAAACUCUCCACUAUGGCCGGAACCACGUAUCUUGUCACGGGCGCCGCUCGAGGCCUCGGAAAGGCAUUGGUUGAAAACUACCUAGCCCGCCCAAACAACACUGUCAUCGCUGUAGCACGCACCACCAGCUCAGCCGAACCACUCAAAUCUCUCACAGUUGGAGAGGGCAGCAAGCUUAUUGUCGUGGCCUUCGACAGCCGCGACACUGAAGGCCCGAAGAAGGCCGUCGAGGAACUCAAGAGCCAAGGUAUCGACACCAUCGACACCGUCAUCGCCAAUGCCGCUAUCUCCACCGAUUAUGCUCCUGUUGCCUCAGUCUCGCUCGAUGUCGUCAAACAGCACGUUGAAGUAAACGCCUACGGACCUCUCCUCCUCUUCCAAGCCGUGCUGUCUCUGCUCCAAAAGUCGUCCAACGCUAAGUUUGCCGCCAUCGGAACUCCAAUCGCCAGUAUCUCCGGUAUGGAGAGCCGUCCGUUCCCCGUGGCAGCCUAUGGAAUGUCCAAGGUCAUGUUGAACUGGAUGGUUCGCAAGGUGCACUUCGACCACCCGGACAUCAUCGCCUUCGUGCUUGACCCUGGUUUCGUGCAGACUGACAUGGGUAACACGGCCGCAAGGACCUUCGGUAUGGAGGAGGCCUACACUACUGUCGAGGACAGCACCAACUACCUCACAUCCGUUAUCGACAAGGCCACAAAAGAAGAGACCUCGGGACACUUUGCGACGAUUGAGGGCGGGGAUUUCAAGUGGUGAUCUGGUCAUUUUUGUUU